AUGGAUAUCAAACCCGUCCUUCUUCAUGAACAUCACUUGCUCUUUGAUGAAUACAAUGAAUCAAAGGCACUUUGUGAACUAUGCAAUAAGAAAAUUUCUGAUUUAUCCUAUUCUUGUGAAAGAUGUAACUUUUCGUUACAUAAUUCCUGCGUUCAACGACAACUACCUCCUCAGAUAAGUGCACAUCCUUUCCAUUCCCAACACAAUCUUACUCUCUCAUGCUCAAAACACAUAGAUUACAUAUGUGCUAAAUGUUUCAAUCUUUCUCGAGGCCAUAGAUACUAUUGCAAAGAUUGUGAUUUUAGCCUUGAGUAUUCAUGUGCUUUUCCAAUCAAUGAUGAGAAAAAUAGACUCAAUGAUGAGACAUCCAAAAAAAUUGGUCUUCUCAGCAAUUCGUUGACCUUAUUUAACUAUAGGAGAGUGAAAAAGUACGAGUAUAUAUGUAGUUGGUGUGAGAUGCAUCUGUCUGGAAUGUCUUAUGGUUGUCUUGAAAAUGGUGUUUAUAUCUGGUUCCACGAGUCUUGCCUAAUCAACAUCCCUAGCAUAAACCCAUUUCAUCCAUCACACCCUCUUUCAUUACUCAACAUUCGCUUUGAUAAUGGGCUUUGCAAUGCUUGCAACCUACCAAUAUGGGAGUUCGGAAAAGCCUAUUGUUGUAGAAAAUGCGAAUUCCACCUUCAUGUUCACUGUGCUAAACUACAACCCAGUCUCAAGGUUGAGUUACAUGAGCAUGAUCUUACUUUUUUUCGAAUAAAAGCUACGGCUACCCACCUGUGCAAGAUAUGUGGUUUUAAUUUUGAUUCUAUAGGGAAGGAAAGUCCUUUUUAUCGUUGUGUUCAGUGUAAUUUCAAUUACCAUUUCUAUUGUCUUAAAAUACCGUAUUCUACUUCACAUAAGUAUCAUAGGCAUGAUCUCAAGCUUAUGGAUUCAUUUGUAGAAGAUGAUUUUAAGGAAUAUUAUUGUGAUAUAUGUGAAGAAGAAAGAAAACCAAAGCAUUGUGGUUACUGUUGCAGGAAAUGCAAAUUUGUUGCUCAUAUUGAAUGUGCACUCAAUAAGGUUGUAGAUAUGAAACUUGACCAAAGUUCGACCUCUAAUUUGUUGGAUAGCGAAGCUUCAACAUCAAAGGUGCAAAUUGGACGUUUUGAUCACCCACAUGCCCUGAGCUAUAAUAACGCUAUUGAACAGAAUGAAAAUCUUCUUUGCAAUGCUUGUCGUCAGGGAAUUUUUUAUCAACACUAUGCUUGCAAAGAUUGUAAAUACUACUUACAUGACAUGUGCACUACAUUGUCAUAUGAGGUGUCACACCCUCUUCAUCGCCAGCAUCCUCUCAAACUCUUCACGGAUAUAGUUGAAUUUACAUGUCAUGGAUGUAGGGACCAUUCUGGUGGGUUUGCUUACAUGUGCCUUCCAUGUGAUUUCCAACUUGACGUGAAAUGUGCUACCACUCCAAUUGCACCUAAAAAUGAGGGCCAAAGGCUGAAAGAGAUGGAGAAAGUUUCUCAGUUGUGCCCUUUCAAUCAAAAUCAUAAGCUAGACUUCUUCAACCAUAAACCCAAUCUCAAAGAUUUGGCUUUGGAAUGCAAUGCUUGCAAGCUACCAAUCUUGGGUCUAGGUUAUGCAUGUCGUUAUUGUUUCAAUAUCAAAAUUCAUGAAUCUUGUCUUGCAUUUAUGCGGGAGAUGGAACACGCCUUUCAUCCAUUACACCUGCUUCAUCCACAAAUCGGGGAUUGGGAAAAUUGUUCUGCCUGUAGAUUUAAAAUCAUUGAAAGUAUCGGUUAUAGUUGUCGGCAGUGUGAUUUCCACCUUCAUUUUCAUUGUGCUAAUUCCCUGAAGCUAGCCUUAAAAAUUAAGUCUCACAUGCAUAAUCUUUAUUAUUUUGGACCAGAUUAUGUGAAAUCCUACCAAUUAUGUAACAAAUGCAAAAAUUGCAUUGGUGAGGAACCUUUUUAUUACUGCGUGGAGUGCAAUAUGAAUUUGCACUUAAUAUGUGUUCCCAUACCAUGUUCAAUUAAAUCCAAAUGUCACAUGCAUCAUUUGACUCUUAAAAAUCAUUUCGUGGAAGAUGAUUCUGGAGGAUACUAUUGCGACAUUUGUGAAGAACAAAGGAACGCAAAAUAUCAUUGUUAUUGUUGUGAAGAGUGUGCUGGACAAUUUGUUGCUCACAUCGAGUGCGUGCUUCUUACAGAUUUUGAAUUUGCAGAUGAAAAUUUCCAUGAAUUUUCCAAUUUGAAAAAUGCUAACUCAUUUGUUGAGAGGUUCUCUAUGGAUAAGUUGCUUUCCUAUUCCCAUGCCGAAGUUUACUUGAACCAAAAUAGAAAGAAGUACUGGGUGGAUAAAAAGUUAAACAAAUACUGUUUCAUGUUGUUUGCAAGAGAUUUCUCUAUCCUUUGGGCAGAAGACCACCGUUACUGGCGCUGGUUAUACCAAAGAGAAACAAACAGUGAUGUGUUGAUUGAUGUUGCCGAACUUUUAGAUGUGUGUUGGCUAGAAAUGCAUGUGAUGUUCAAUGUAAAAAAGCUCUCACCGAAAACAUUGUAUGGACUUGUGUUCGUGCUUAUGUUGACAAAAGAAGCACGUGGAUGGGAACAUCCAAUGAACUUCGGAUUCAUUCUUCCAAAUGGGUACAAGGUUGAACGCAAGGAACCUUUGAAGUCCAAGCCAAGAGGAGUAUGGAUAGAAAUCCCUAUUGGAGAAUUUACAACUUCAUCCGCAAUUGUUGGAGAAGUAGAUAUUUAUUGUCAUCAAUAUUAUACAAGUAAUUGGAAGAGAGGACUUAUUGUUAAAGGAGUUACUAUUCUGCCAAAGAAUUAA